AUGGCUUCCCAUCUUCUCAAACUCCAUAUCCAAACCACAAAGCUUCAUUAUCCACCUCACCCAUGUCCUCUCUCCAAAUUCCCAUCUCACUCUCUUCCUUCCUUUACAAAUCACCCACUUCAUUCUUCCUUCACAACUUUCUUGCCUAAAAAACUUCUACACAUACCAAAACACAAAUUUAUGCUUGUUCAAUCUUCCCUUCCUAGCUCUUUCCCUUCACCUCCAACUUCCAAAGAAGGUGCAAUUUUCCAAGCCAAAACUAGCCUUUCGGCCGCCUUACAAAAGCCACUGAACAAUCCUAAACUUGCAGGAAAGAUGAAGAAACAAAAACAACCAAGAUUUCGAGUCGAAAUACCAUUAAUUGAUGAUUCCCCUGAAUCCCUUGCUCAACUUGCUUUAGAAGUUUUUAGUGAUCUUCAAAUCAAGAGAAAAGGUUCCUCCAUUAAAAUGUUGCUUAUUUGGCCUAAUCCCACUUCAUUGGAUAUGGGGAUUAAAGCCUUUAAAGCUCUUCCAUUUGGUUUAGUUGAACAUAUUGAGCUAACUACUGCCAUGACAGUUGAUAACAGAGUUAUAAACUCAGCUGACGUGGCUGUCUUUUUGGCGCCAAAUUCUUCACAGUUGACAGUUAUGAAAUCAGUUAGUGACAGUUUGUAUCCAAGCCCUUUGGUUUUGUUCAACCCCAAAUGGGCAUUUGACGAAGAGGGUAGUUUCGGUUAUUCGAGUGGCGUUGCAGGCUCGUUUGAUGUAAUUUAUGCAUUCUUAGGAUUGGAAGUUAGAGGGAUUUUGAGCAAGAGAAAAGGAGUUGUUUUUAAGUAUGUUAGGGAUGGUAUUGUUAGUGGAGAGCAAUGGAAUGUACUUGUAGAAGAAGAAGGGAAUGCAAAUCAAUUUAAGGUUGUUUCGAGAUUCAAGACUCGACCUUCAAUUACCGAAGUCGAAAAUGUUCUGUAUAAUCUAAUGGCAGUUAAUUCCCCCAUCACUAAAUCAGCUAAAUUUUUGAAGGACUUAGUUUCCAAUGUAACAGGAAGAAAAGAAAGUUAAUUGAGCAAUUACUAUGAAUUUGACUGAAUUUAUCUAUGAUU